CUUGAAGAAGAUCAAUCGCAUUUAUUUUUCUUGUACUAUACUUGCGGCGGCGGCUGUGCUUCUUCGUUAUGGCAGAAUCAAUUUAUACCAGCUAUCCCCCACCCUUGAAUCCCGCACAGAAGGAGUUCUUGGUAAAGACAAUCAAGGACUGGGCCACGCAAAAUGGCCUUGUGGUCCGACCUUCGCCGACCUUCGUCGCAAAGGAAAAUGACUCUCAAGGGGUCCUGGCAACUAAUGCGCCGGUGACCCUGUUCCCUAGUCCUUUCCCGAAGGCUUGUUUCGAGGAAGCGAAAGCUCUCCAGACCGUGUACAAUCAGCUUUACGCUGCGAUCACAUGUGACGAGGACUGGAUUGGGAAAAUCAUGGAAGAUCUGAUUGACGUCGACGAUUUUAUCUCCAACCUCUGGAAGGUCCAUCUAGCGGUAAAGAAAGAAGGCUAUGCACAGACGCUGUCGCUUGGCCUCUACCGUUCCGACUACAUGGCUCAUACCCCGUCUGAUGCCGCCUCCCCCAGCCUGAAGCAGGUCGAGUUCAACACAAUCUCCUCAUCUUUCGGCGGCUUGUCAUCUCUGGUGGCAUCCCUACACACUGAGCUCCUCAAUUCCCCACCUGGUCACCCCAUCGCCUACCCGUCGCACCCUUUGCUCGACUCGAAUCAACCUCCCGAUAACAAGGCCGUGGAGACCCUGUCGGCAGGUCUCGCUGCAGCCCACGUCGCUUACGGACCAUCGAAGUCCACUCCAGCCCUUCCCACCUGCGUUCUCUUCCUCGUCCAAGAAAAUGAGAGAAACAUCUUUGACCAAUUAGCCCUCUCGCGCGAACUAACGAAGGUACACAAGAUCCCUGUCUUCCGCGUCAUCAGCUCGGAGGUUCUCGACCACACAUUCAUCCAGGAUUCGAACCCCUCGAGACCACUUAUCUACCGACCCCCGCACUCGAAUGGCGCCGAGUUCGAAGUGACCACUGCCUAUCUCCGUUGUUUCUACGCACCCACCGACUAUAAGUCCGAGCGCGACUGGCAAGCACGGACCCACCUCGAACGCUCCGCUGCCAUCAAAUGCCCUACCGUGCUCAACCAGCUCGCUGGAUGCAAAAUCGUCCAACAAGUCUUGGCCGAACAAGAGGGACCUGACCACCUGACGAAGUUCCUCUCCGGCACCGAUGAUGCCACGAUCUCCAGAAUUAGAGCGACAUUUGCCCCGCAAUAUGACCUUUCGUCCACCGGCCGCGGGCAGAAACUCGCCUUGAACCUCGAAACUGCCAUGAACCAUGUCUUGAAACCCCAGCGUGAAGGUGGCGGUAACAACGUCUACAAGGAGGCUAUCCCUGAGUUCUUGCGGUCGAUCCCGGAGACUGAAUGGAAGCGAUGGAUCCUGAUGGAGCUGAUUCAUCCUCCUGCUGAGGCUAAGAACGUGGCUCUCAGAAGCGACGGGGAAGUUCUCAGUGGACAUGUGAUUGGCGAGCUGGGUGUCUAUGGAACGAUUCUGUGGGAUCAAGCCGGUGGUAACAUUUUGCAGAACGAGCAAGGCGGAUGGCUGAUGAGAACGAAGGCGAGAGACGUCAAUGAGGGAGGCGUCGCCACGGGUUUCUCUAGCUUGGAUAGCAUUGUUCUGUACUAGAGUAGAUCGGAACUAGAUUAAUGUAGACCAAUACAACUCUGAG